GCGGCUGCAGCUGCCGCCGGCGUCUCAGGGGCUGCUAGCUGCAGGCGGACGCCGCGCCAGGCUAUCCCGAAGCCCAGCUGCGCCAGGCCUCCCGGCCCCGGCCCCCAACGGGCGUCGCCGCUUCUCGUCGCCUUGACGCCUAGCCCAACGCCACCGUGCAGGAUUGCCGGCGCCCCGCAAGUUGCUAGCGCACUCUGCGCCCGGGGAAACUUUCCCCCGCGUCCGGGCCUCUGCCAGGUUGUGGCAUCAGGAUGGAGCUCAGAGGACAGGAGAAAGGUACUCGUUCCUCGUCACACUCCUUUAUUCUGACCACUGGAGAAGCUCCUGACCAGCAAGGAAGGAAUAUUGUCUGACACACAGCAACAACCCAGACAGGUAGACACCUGCUGGACAGCCUGCAGUCUGCAGAAAGCCGCCCCCCCCCCAUACUGCAGGUGAACUCCUUGGUGUGCAAUCUAAACACAGACACAGGCUUUGCAGCUCCGCUGACCAGGGCAAGCUGGGCUGCUGUGAGGCACACCUAAGACCCUCUGACUAAGAGACUUCAUCCUGCUGGUUCCUGGAGAGCUGCCCAGGUGGAACACCAUGGAAGGCGACUGUCUGAGCUGCAUGAAGUAUCUGAUGUUUGUUUUCAAUUUCUUCAUAUUUCUGGGAGGAGCCUGCCUGCUGGGCGUAGGCAUCUGGGUCCUCGUGGAUCCGACUGGCUUCCGGGAGAUUGUGGCUACCAACCCCCUGUUGACCACGGGUGCCUACAUCGUCCUGGCCAUGGGAGGCCUGCUGUUUCUUCUGGGCUUCCUGGGCUGCUGCGGUGCUGUCCGAGAGAACAGGUGUCUGCUGCUGUUUUUUUUCAUCUUUAUCCUGGUCAUCUUCCUGGUAGAGCUCUCAGCAGCCAUCCUGGCCUUCAUCUUCAGGGAGCACCUCACCCGUGAGUUCUUCACCAGGGAGCUCACCAAGCACUACCAGGGCAACAAUGACACGGAUGUGUUCUCUGCCACCUGGAAUUCGGUCAUGAUCACAUUUGGCUGCUGUGGGGUCAAUGGGCCCGAAGAUUUCAAGAUGGCCUCCGUGUUUCGGCUGCUGACACUGGACAGUGAAGAGGUGCCCAAGGCCUGCUGCAGGAGGGAACCCCAGACUCGUGAUGGGGUACUGUUGAGCAGGGAGGAGUGCCAGCUGGGGAGGAGUCCAUUCAUAAACAAACAGGGCUGUUACACGGUGAUUCUCAACACCUUUGAAACCUACGUCUACCUGGCUGGGGCCUUUGCCAUUGGGGUGCUGGCUAUUGAGCUUUUCCUCAUGAUCUUUGCCAUGUGUCUCUUCCGGGGCAUCCAGUAGGCGAUGGUCUGAAGAUACCCAGCCUGCCACUGCCCAGUAGCCAGCCCUCCCCUCCCUGUCCUCUGGCCCCAGGGGAGGAGGCAAGGCCAGCCUGGAAGGCCAGGAACAUAGAGCUAAUUUUUUUAAAAACAAAACAAAACAAAGACAGAUGUGAACUGAAGAGCCUCACCUUGUCUCCAAGGCAAGAGCCAUGAACUAGUCAAGGACCUAGGGCUGGCCUGGGACCAGCUAAGACCAAAGGAUUAUCAGCCUCAGAGCCCCCAGGCCCUGUCAGACUGGACUGUCCCCUGGUCUGGGUCCCCUCUCUUAGCAUUUCCAGGAUCUGAGCAACCAGAAGACAGAAACAGACCCUGGAGGAUGAGCCAGACUCUUUUCACAAGGACAGAAUCUGCAGCACCACCUGCUGGACGGUGAAGCUGUCCCAGCUCCUGCCUGGCUGAGGGUGGCUGUGUGUGGCACUGGAUCUGAUUUCCUCAUCUCUCGGAUCAAAGCCUCUCCGAGGGCCACAAAAGGGCAGUGACCUGUCCACAGUCACACAGCAUGUGCAUGACAAGGUCACCCCUGGGUUGCUCUUACUCCAGCCAGGACUCCAUCAGAUCUGCCUCAACAUCCCAAUGUAGACUGGCCAGCAACUGCCCACACCACGUUCUACAGCUGAGAAAAGUCCAUACUGUGUCCAGUC